UAGUCGCAAACAAUGUACAAGCACAGAUGCUGAACUUCCCGAAACAGUAAUUCGUAUCAGGUGCAGAUCAGAUAUCAAAUUCUUGCGAUAUUACACAAUGACCUCGUGGGUUACGGGACUUGGAGGAAAGCAGGAGGAAAAAAUAACAACAAACUGAUCAAGGGAGAAAGGGUGAAGGAUAGAAGUAGAAGCAUUAGUGGGAGGAGGGACUGUAUAUUGGCUGCGCAGAGUGACAAUGCGAUCUCAGCCUUGUGGGCCUAAAGAAUUCCUCCAACCGAUCCUGGAUUAUUUCGUGUAAUUCGUGAUGGAUCGGUAUAGGGCAAGUAAUCUUAUUUGGGAUGUAAGGAAACGGUCUUUAGGUUUGGACAACCCUGCUGCCAUUCGGAUAAACUAUUUAGGAAGAAGAGAAUUUGUCCAAAGAUUAAAACUUGAGGCAACACUGAGUGUACACGAUGGCUGCGUAAACACAAUCUGUUGGAAUGAUACAGGAGAGUUCAUAUUAUCUGGGUCUGAUGACACAAACUUGGUGAUAACAAAUCCCUAUAACAGAAAGGUUCUCACAACAAUUCGCUCAGGGCAUAGAGCAAAUAUUUUUAGUGCAAAAUUCUUGCCACAUACAAAUGACAGACAGAUUGUAUCCUGCUCAGGGGAUGGAGUCAUAUAUUACACAAACACUGAACGAGAUGCCGAAACCAACCGACAAAGCCAAUUUUCCUGCCAUUUUGGAACAGCUUAUGAGAUUAUGACAGUACCAAAUGACCCUUAUACAUUUCUGUCCUGUGGUGAAGAUGGCACAGUACGAUGGUUUGAUAUCCGUAUGAAGACUAGCUGUACAAAAGAAGAUUGUAAAGAUGAUAUUCUAAUAAAUUGCCGACGUGCUGCUACCUCUGUUGCAAUCUGCCCUCUGGUGCCCUAUUACCUUGCUGUUGGCUGCUCAGACAGUUCUGUGAGAAUAUUUGACAGACGAAUGCUAGGCACAAGAGCCACAGGUAAUUAUGUAGGCCGAGGAACUACAGGAAUGUGUGGUCGCUUUGUUCCAGCUCAUCUUAGCAAUAAAUCUUGCAGAGUGACUUCCCUUUGUUAUAGUGAUGAUGGCCAAGAAAUUCUUGUCAGCUAUUCUUCAGAUUACAUUUACUUAUUUGAUCCCAAAGAUGAUAAAGCACGUGAACUGAAACAUCCAUCAUCUGACGAGAGAAGGGAAGAGUUGCGACAACCUCCUGUGAAGCGACUCAGACUGCGAGGGGAUUGGUCAGACACUGGACCAAGAGCAAGACCGGAAAGUGAACGAGAAAGAGAUGGAGAACAGAGUCCUAAUGUAUCACUUAUGCAGAGAAUGUCUGAUAUGCUGUCAAGAUGGUUUGAAGAAGCCAGUGAAGCAGCCCAAGGGAGUAGAGGAAGAGGCAGGUCCAGGUCAAGAAGUGGAAAUGCCAGAACAGAAACUCCAGCUUCCAGUCCUGCAAUGACUGCUCAGUCUGAGGUGAGUGAAAGUACAAUGGAAGUAGAUGCUUCUUCUGAACAGCUCCCUCCUUCCUCAUCUUCUUCUACAGCAUCAGCACAGGUUGCAUCCACGUCUUCAACAGAAAGUCCAACUUCCACAUCAUUGUCCUCCCCUGAGAGGCAACCUGCACAGAGUACUGCUAAUGAUACUGCCCAACAGUCAGAACUAAGAGCAUCUGGGGUAAGUUUAGUCCGUAGGCGUCUGCAGCAGCUGAAGCUUAAGAUGGCUGAACAUCAGAGGCAGCAAGACCUAGCACAGAAACCACCCCAGUCCACCACUGAUCAGUCUGCUUCAGGGGGUUCCUCCCAAGACCCUCAGGCUUCAGGUUGCAGUACUUCAAGUUUAAGCCCCAGGGGUGGGGUAGCGGAGCCCGUUUUAAGUUUGCACUACAGCACAGAAGGCACCACAAGCAGCACCAUUAAACUGGAUUUCACAGAUGAAUGGAGCAGCACAACUUCAAGUUCUAGAGGCAGUGGAAGUCAUAACAAGCCAAAUGACCAGGAAACUUUCCUUAAAGCACAAAGCACAGAACAGAGUCCUGCAGCAGAAGUCUCAGAAUCAAUCACCACUGCCUCAGAACAGCCUGGUCCCAGCUUGGAAGAAAGCAGUCUCUCUGCUGCUGUAAGCAUCAACAGUGGCCCUAGCCCAUUAGAAACACAUGCUGAUGAAAAAAUGCAACAGCAAAAUUCUUCAGACCAGCAAGCUGCAGAACGUAGGGACAGCUCAAGCAAUGCAAAUAAUGGACCCAGUCAGCCUUUGGUACCUCCUGGACGGACCAGUCAGAGUGAGCAUCCUAGAAGCUCUGCCUUUCCAGAAACAGAUGACAGUGAUGAUGAUCCAAUCUUAAUACCCACGUCACGGUUACGUUCUGGACAGGGCCACAGACGAUCUGCUGCUGCUCGUAUUCAGGAGCUGUUCAGAAGGAGAAAGGAACGGAAAGAAAUGGAGGAAAUGGAAACUCAGAAUAUUCGAAGGCCAUCUAUAAAAAUGACAUACAGAGGUCACAGAAACUCCAGGACUAUGAUCAAGGAAUCAAACUUCUGGGGUAAUAACUUUGUGAUGAGUGGUUCAGACUGUGGCCAUAUAUUUAUAUGGGAUCGUCACACAGCGGAACACCUUAUGCUUUUGGAAGCUGACAAUCAUGUGGUGAACUGUCUGCAGCCACAUCCAUAUGACCCAAUUCUUGCCUCUUCAGGCAUUGAUUAUGAUAUAAAGAUUUGGUCACCACUGGAAGAAUCACCAUCUUUUAACAGAAAACUUGCAGAAGAGGUUAUAAAUCGAAAUGAAUUAAUGUUAGAGGAGACACGAAACACCAUCACUGUCCCAGCUUCCUUCAUGUUACGAAUGUUGGCCUCACUAAAUCACAUCAGAGCAGAUGCUCAAAAGUCCUUUUACGUGAAUACGAAAAGAGCAACAUGUAUUGUGCGAACCACGGAAAUGCCGAAUGUCCAAAACCGUGAAAUUCGAAAUGUCAAAGUGUCAUGGUUUGCCCAUCUGCGGUAUAGCUCCGUAAGAUCGAUCAGAGGGUGACAGAUCAGAAGGUUCUGGACAAGAAAAUGAUAAUGACAAUGAAGAUGAAGAGUAGCAAGUGUUCUAAAGUUUCAAGCACUUAGGCAUUAAAGACUUUGUACAAGACAGCUAUUAUAUUUUACUUACAGAGUAUUAGUACAGUUUUAGGUACUUUUUUUUGAGGAUCUAAUAUUUUUUAAAUGUGUGCAUGAAGUUUGGAAGUGUGACCGACAAUUUAAAAAAAAGUUUAUAAAGAUGUUUUGGUUGAAGAUGAGGGGGUGCUUGAAAACAUAAAGUGCAAUAUUUUCCUUAGCGUGCAAAUAUUCUGAGCUCAGAUCAGUGUUAAAACAUGAAUUUUCAUAAUGAUAGGGCAAAGGGUUAAAAUUAACCUUAUAUACGUGCUGCUUGCAUGUUUGAUGCUUUUCGAUUAAAGAAAUCGGUCACUAUUAAAAAGACCGAGCAAAACGUGCAGGGUUGUACUUCAGGAAUAAGUUAGGAAGUGAUGCAUUACUGUAGUACUGUUUUUGUUGAUUUUAUUAACUUCACUACAGUAGUGCUGCACAGUCUUCAAUUAAAAGCGUGCUUGAGAACCAGUUGUGCUUCAGAGGACCUUGGAACCAAGCAUCACCCAGUAGUGAUGUUAAUGUAUCUGGGUACCGUAUCCAGCAUUUAUCAACCUGAAGUGCCUCAGUUUCUUUUUCCUUUGGGUGAGAGAUUAUUAAACUUGGAUUCAGAACUUUCUACUGAUUCACAUACAGUUUAUAUCUGUGUCACUGUAUUUCUUCACUGUAAUUUGUUGUAAUAUGCUGUAUUUAAUAGUUUGAAAUUUAUUUAUAUAUAUAUAUAUAUAUAUAUAUAUAUGUAUAUAUAUAUAUGUAUAUGUAUGUAUGUACUCAGUAAAAUUUUUUUCUUCUGACACUACAGUACACAACCCUUGUAUUACAUUUUUUUCUGUCAUUUGGCAUUGUUUUAUAUACAUCCCAUCUUACACAUUUUGCCCAUAAUGACCUUCCCAAUGUCAGGCUUUGCAUACCCCUACCUCCAUGACAUAAGGGAUGAACAGCACUGAAGAUAUAUACAUCUUAGCAGGUGUCACAAAGAUUCUCGUCAGGGUUGAUGCACUAGUUAGGGAGGAAAGGAAUGGAAAUUGAACAACUUGAAAGAACAGAUAAAAUUCUUUUUACAUGGCAUGAACACUUAAAAGGCACAGAAAUAAUAAUGGACGUUCACAUGGUCUGCAUCUGACAGGCAAUGUGAAGGGGCAAUAAAGAUGGUUAGAUGAAUACCAAAAUGUAUAAGAUGAGAAUAAAUUGUUCAUCUUGUAUCAGUAGCUGCUGUAGUAGGUAAUAAACAUUUACAGAAUAGGUGGGCAAAAAUUACCAUUUUUCUUUUAUUGGGUUUUUUUCUUUACAAGAGAGAUUACUGAUUUUUGAAUUUAUGCCCCUGAUUUAAAUGUUCACAAAUAGCUAACUACAGUUUUAGCACAUUUAACGUAGGAUAAAACGUUCUAAGGGUCCAGCCAUUCUCAUAUCUGUUUCGUAGUACCUGGUGCACUUUACAUAGUUUUAUACCUGUGGGAACAGCAUAUUACAUGGCAAUAGUGUUUCUGAAUGUGGUUAUUCUCACUGGCUGAUGACAUGGAGAUACUUAGUAGAUGUGUGUGAGGUGACAAAUAAUGAGACAAAGUAGUGUACCAUCCCCAAAGCAGCUCCAAGGGUGUCAACCAUUUAAGAACAACAAAAGCUAGACAACAGAUAUGUUGCAGUAGUUUUAUAAUAGAAGUUAACUGAAAUGGUUGGAAUUGGAUUUGUUGUUGAUAAUAUACUUAAUAAUUGGAAUAAAGUAUACCAUUUUAUUCUGAGAGAAACAGGCAGCAAAGACAACGUUGUGGAGAGUAAAGCAGAGAUGGAAUACAAAUCACAAGGAAUUUAGCAAAAUAUUUCUGAAAUUAAAAAAAAAAAAAAAAAAAUAUAUAUAUAUAUAUAUAUAUAUAUAUAUAUAUAUAUAUAUAUAUAUAUGGGUCUACCUGACAUUGCCGACAGUCCAGAAUGCCGACAAUCAUAUGGCCGACUCCAUAUGAUCAACAUUCAGAAUGCCGACAAUGUGGAACCAGCAUCUCACUAUGGUGCGGAAUGGAAAGAUUUCCAUUCCUGCACUGUAGUGCGAUCUCGGAGUUGGUAUUUUAAAGUUACGGGGGGGGGGAGCCCCCCUGCUAGCAGUUGAAAGGAAAUUUUAUUUUCCUUUUUCAUGGUCUACUUACAAUGUCGAGAUUUCAGAUGUCAGUCGUAUGCUCUUGGCCCUAUGGUUGUCGGCAUUCUGAAAUUUCGGUAUUGUGAAGUAGAUCCAUAUAUAUAUAUAUAUAUAUAUAUAUAUAUAUAUAUAUAUAUAUAUAUAUAUAUAUAUAUAUAUAUAUCUUUGUCUAGUGAAUAGUAUAGAGGAUUAGUGGAAGAUUUGAUUCUGUCACCCUCUGUUUACUUACCAUGUGACUCUGAACAAGUUACUUAACCAGACAGUGCUCCCAAGCUGAAUCUGAAAAUAGGCCAUGCAGAUCACUGCUUUACUUCAGUUAACAAAUACAGGUAAAUAAAACUAUUAUAUAUUUGGCAAGCACUGUAAAGUAUAGACACUUUGAGUAGUAAAUUAUGUAUGGGGCUGUCCAGAAGUAGGAGUUGCUGUUUGAUGUUAAAAAUAAUAUACAGCAUUAAAUGGUUUGAUUUUAUAUGGUCACCCGAUACUACUGCUUUUGGAACUUGCAGAACAUUCUCAUGUAGCAAGUCAUUGUUGGGUGUGAGCGACUUUUCUUCACCAAAUGUGUCACUAGUUUUCAGUUUUCAGAUUCCCAAGUUAAAAUAAAAAGCAUUACUUGAA